AUGCGCCGCUUGCCGGUUGCCGUCCAUACAGCUGGGAUUCUGCCCUUGAUGGAAACCGAUGGUGAAGAUAGUUCAUGGGUGGCCAGCGGUCGUUUCGAGCCCACAAGACCAGUAUGGGAGGCCAUUCGCCAGUGGCGUCCUUUGAUGGAAAAGCCGGACGUGUCCGGCACGUGCGAGUGGCUUCAGGUGCUCCUGGAGCUGACAAGGGCGCAGGAGGCCGUGACCUCAUUUGCGGGCGUUCUCACGCUGGACCACAACCUUCAUCACUACAUGACGGAGACGAACUCCUACUGCUAUCGGCACCUCAUCGCGGAUCCGCUCUGUUGCAAGGACCAGCGCCUCCCCACCCGAGUGAGGCAUGAGGAAGUGUCACGAGCGGGGGCAGAGUGGACUUGCGAUGCUGCAGGCAUUGAAUGCAACGACGGGGUGAAAGGCACCCGGGGCAAAGAUCUGCUGUGGUGGCCCGAGGCUGCAGACUGCAGUACACCACGGAUCCUUUUUGUGCAUGGAGGCGGCUGGCAACGUCAUGGGCCCAAAGAGGCCUCCUAUGACGUCUUUGCCGCGAAUUUGGCGCAGGUCACCGGAGCUGCUGUUCUGGUGCCAGACUACCUGCUGGUGCCCUUGGGGAACUACCUCACCAUCUUAGAUUACCUGUUGGACUCCUGGCAAUGGCUGGCAAAACAUGGUCCCUCAGGAGAAGAUUGCACCGCGGCCCCACGGCCGCCGAUGUUUGUGGCAGGCGACUCCUCGGGCGGAGCCUCGGCCUUAUCGAUGCUGCUGCAGCUCAGCUCCAAGGGACUUCCAUUGGCGGCGGGCUUCUUCGCCUUUAGUCCCUGGAUCAACCUCGCCUGCAACUCUCCCACGUACUACAGCAAUGCCUUCUCUGUGGUCAAUGAUGUCGCUGGAAAGAUCAUCGUGGGCGACAUUCUCUUCCGUGGCGCUCCCACGAACGUGUCCCACUCGCUUCGGGAAUUGGCGCUGAAGUACUUCCAGGGCGAUGCCAGCAGGCUGUCGGAUCCUCUCUACUCGCCCUUCCACGCCACAGAGGCGCAACUGGACGAGUUGCCCCCGAUCUACCUGGCCGUGAGCGGCAGCGAGGUCAUGACAGGCGCGGUGGCCCCGGGGCCGCGCCGCGGGGCCGGCGAUGUGGGCUGA